AUGAAAAAAAUUUUAAUAUUAUUAUCAAUAAUAGCAAUUUGUAAAUUUUAGGGCGAUGAUGAGGAAAAAAAUAAAUGCAAUUUAAUAAUAAAAGGCAUUUUUUAAGGUUUAACAUUAAGUUACUAAGUCAAUCAAUAAAAUAUUAUGGAGAAUUUGAAUUGUAAUGAUUUUUUGAAUGCCAUUUCUAUAUCUGUUUAAUUUUCAAAAAUUAAGUCUUAUGAUUCUUUGUAAAUUGGAUGGGAUGAAUUGGGAAAUGCCUUUGAAGAGAUACAUAAAUCAAUUAUAAAACAAUAGUAAUAAAGUUUAUCAAAUAAUUAGAUAAAUUUAAUCACAGGUAGGGAGAUUUAUAAAUAAUUUGAAAUUAAAAUUAAAAAAUAAAGUUACCUGUGAUAUAAAUAGCAUGACGGAGAAACUUUCUGAAUAUCUUUUAGAAUCUAAUUAUUUUAGUAAUUGAAUUAAUAAUUUAGGUGAAUAAUUUGAUGAUUGGAAAGAGGGUAGGUAUUUUUAAUAUGGAUAGAAAAUUGGUAAGAUGUUGCUGAAGAUUUAAUUNUAAUGA